AUGCUAGAGUUCCAGAAACAAAUCCUCACCAAUCUUGUUGAAGAAGAUAGUUUAUUGAUUAUAUCUCCUGGACUUGGACUAUUCAAAAUAUUUUGUUCUUUUCUUCAACUUUACUGUAACAAUGACAAGCAUUUGAUUUUUUUGAUUAAUACGACUCAAGAACAAGAUAUUGCCAUACAAGAACGUUUAGUCUUGGAAGGUGUUCCACGAUCUGUAGGACUACAAAUUAUUGAAUAUGAUACUCCAUCUGAAGUAAGUGGUAUCGUCAUAUAUAAUGCUCAUCGUGUACGACCUGACUCGAUGGAAGAAUUGAUACUACGUAUAUACAGAGAAGAAAAUGAGCAAGGAUUUAUCAAAGCUUUUUCUGAUCAACCUGGUGCGUUUACUUCUGGAUUCGCUCCUCUUCAAAAUAUGUUGAAAAUAUUACAAUUGCGAAAUGUACAACUAUGGCCAAGAUUCCAAGUGAUGGUGACAAAUGAUUUGACUCAAGCAAAUGAAGAAGUCAUUGAAUUACGACAACCUAUGACAGAAUAUAUGGAAAAGAUACAACAAGGUCUCAUCGAAUCUAUGGAAGCUACAUUGUCAGAAGUUCGAAAAUCAAAUAGUCGAGUGGAUGUACCAGAUUAUACCUUUGAAAACUCUUUAUUCAAAUCAUUCGAUUCUAUUGUACGACAACAACUAGAUCCUGUAUGGCAUCAAGUAGGACAAAGCGUAAAGCAACUAGUUGGUGAUUUAAAGGUACUUCGUCAAUUAUUGUCUUAUCUAACAAACUAUGAUUGUGUAUCUUUCAACAGCUUUAUUGAAACUGUUAUUACAAGUAAUACCCCAUCGCCAAAUACAAGAUAUACAAGACAAUCCCAAUGGCUUUUUUUAGACGCUGCAGAUCAACUUAUCACGGCAGCAAGAAAACGUGUAUAUGUACAACCAACAGAUAACGAAUACGAUUCAACUCCUGAAGAAGAAUAUAAUACAGAUUUGAUUGGAAGUAUACCGAAGGAUAUUCGUCUUGUAUUGGAAGAACAACCAAAAUGGACAUUAUUACAAGAUAUUCUGGAUGAAAUUGAAAAGGAUGUGACAACGAAUACAGAUCAUGGUGCACCGGUACUUGUUAUGGUGGAUGAUCAACGCAAUUGCGCACAGCUACAACAAUAUAUCUCACAAAAACGUACUAUGCUGCAAAAGAUAGCAGGACGGUAUUUCAAAUGGCGAAAAGGUAUGCAACAGAUUCAGCAAGCGACUAUUGGUGCGACAAACCAAAGCUCGAUUAAUACGAAUACACCUCAGGUAUCACAACGGUAUCCUCCUAAUAAAAGACGACGAGUUCGCGGUGGAUCUGCUACAGCAACAACCUCAACACUGAACGCAAGACCUCCUCCUCUGGCACAAACUUUUCGUGAUGAAGUGAAAAAUACAACAAGAACGUUAACUGAUUCAAACUAUGAUGAUAAAUACGAUGAUGGUGACUAUAAUGAUGAUACCGAAAUGGAUAAUAUUAUUGCUAAUAUGGAACUGGGUGAACAUGAUAUUUUACCGACCUUUGAUGAAAUCCCUCCAAGCACAUUGGUGACCAUCCAAUGUUAUGAAAAUGAUACAGAUGAACAAAUUUUAGAAGAUUAUAAGCCUAGAUAUAUCAUUAUGUAUGAUCCUGAUCCUGCGUUUGUGCGACGCGUAGAGAUGUAUCGAGCACUGAAUCCAUCUUUACAAGUUCGUGUAUAUUUUAUGAUAUAUGACAAUUCAGUGGAAGAACAAAAGUAUCUUAGUUUGAUUCGAAAAGAAAAAGAAGCUUUUGAAAAAUUGAUUCGGGAGAAAUCAGUUAUGGCUAUUCCACUGAAACAAAAACCAAGUGAACAAGAAGAUGUCUUUAUUCGAACUGUCAGUUCAAGAUAUGGUGGUGGCAAUCUCAAAUUAUCGAGUGUACAAACGAUUGUGGUUGAUAUGCGGGAAUUCCGAAGUUCACUUCCACCUAUUUUACAUGCUCAAGGUGUCAAAAUUGAGCCAUACGCUCAAUGUGAAAAUAUGAAGGCGCAUUAUAAGAUUCCUAUUCUUUUGAUUGAAUUUGACCAGAACAAAUCAUUUUCGCUUCAGAAUGUAUUGGAAAUGAAGGAAAAUAUUGUUGUUACAGAUUUAUCAUCCAAACUUACUUUAUUGACAUUGGCUUUUCCUGAAUUACGUAUUAUUUGGUCUUCCAGUCCUCAAGAAACAACCAAAAUCUUCAAACAACUCAAAGAAACACAUGAUGAGCCAAAUGCGGAAGAAGCAGCUUUGAAAGGUGUUGACAACCCAGAUCAAGUAAACACAACCAUCAAUGUUACCCCUGAAGAUAUUCUCCGAAGCAUGCCAGGCGUGACAUCCAAGAACUACAGAUUGAUUAUGAAUAAAGUACACAAUUUAGAAGCAUUGACUAAUAUGACCCAGAAAAGCAUUCAAGAUAUCAUAGGUAUUGGACCGGGUAAAACUUUAUAUCAAUAUCUUCAUCGGAUGAUCAAAAAGUUAAAAGAACAGUUAGAUAUCCAACGUAUUCCUGUAUCCGAAGCUAGUCGAUCUUUAAUAGAUUAUUGUCAAGAGAAUACUGAUAUGAUGAUUCCUUCUUUAUGGGGUGCCAAACAUCCUGAUCCAUUUGCUGAACAAGUAGCAGGCUGUGGUACUUGUUUAAUCAUGUAG